GACGUCAAUGAAUGUGCUGUAAACAACGGUGGAUGCGAUCAAGUGUGCAUUAACACACAGGGUUCUUAUCAGUGCGGUUGUAAUCCUGGAUACACCAAAACUGGUCAUCAAUGCGAUGGUAUGUUAACAGUUAGCCUUCCAAGCAGACGUUCUUAGGGCCUCGUCAUGCGUUCCCCACGAACGGAGAUAUGCUAACUUCCGAGUUACGAUUUCGAGUUGGAUUUUCUAGUUGGGAUUUCGCUUUAGGAUUCGAGUCAGGAUUCGAGUUGCAUUUUCGUAUUAGGAUUCGAUUUGGAAACUUAAUUUUGAAAUAAAGUGUUGACAGCCUAAACACGACUCACAAGCGCGUGAUAGUGUGAGACGUGACUGUAGAGUUCGCUUGGAUUAACCCGCGAUCAGACGUUCCUUUUUCGGGGAUAGCGCGAAAGUCGGCGGACAGGUGUGGGAGUAUUAAGAUAAUCGUUCUCUAUAAUAAGAGAUAUUUUCUUGUUAUACUCUCGCGAUCACACCUAGCCUGCAUAACAGGCGCUUUAUGAGCCAAGGGAGACGAACAUAAAAUAAUGCAGGCUAAAUCACACCCCGAUACAUUCUGUACUCAGUCGAAAGAGGACGAUGUGUAAACCGCUGGCCAUUCCUAACUAGAAAAUCCAACUCGAACCCUAACUCGUAGCCUGCGAAAACGGCCGUUUCUCCUCGCUCCUCUCCACUGUAGACGUUUCGAGAGGAGGAACGUCUGCGACUCAGCAACGACAGAAAUUCCAUACUGAUGACUUAAAAUCUGUCUGGAAUCCGGUCAUAAGCGCUGAUCGCACGACGGAGUAGUUACAUUGUUUUAAGUAUUGUUUACGAAUGACAGACAGGCCUGGGCUGAGCUGCUCAAAGCAUGGUUAGCUUUAACCAUUGGUUAAGCAGUGUCAAAACCAAUACGUUGUCAAGGUAUUAAACGCUGGUUAACGCUAACCAUGCUUUGAGCAGCUCAGCCCAGGCCUGUCUGUCAUUCGUUAUAAAAAACAGACAAUAUCUGCGGAAUAUAUUCUUCUCUAGAAGCAUUUGAGUUUUGCUGGAGCUUGUUGCAGAUGAACACAACACUUUACCAAAAUCGACAAGGAGGAACGUAAAAUUGAACAAAUUUUUCAUUUCGAACCCCACAUAGGCGUACGGGCCAUUUUUUAGCCAGAGGGGUCGGUAAACCAUUUGCCCAAAAAAUUAUCGCAAGUUGCCCAAAUUUUUACGAAACAGUCGUCCACGAAAAGAAACGAGGGCCAUACUUUGCAACAACAUAGGGCAUACUGGCAAGUGAAGGUGGCUAGAUACCGUUUUCAGUGUCAAUACCUUCCAAGUUUGAGCGUAAACUAUGUCGCCAUAAACAAGCAUUUAGAAAAAUUACCCCCAGUUGUAUUAGAUAAAGAAGAAAUUUGUCAUGAUCAGGGUUGCAAUGACAUCCGAUCGGAGUUGUUAUAGCAACAAAAUGAGGCCAUUACCUACUGCCGUCACUUGCAGCAAUAGGGAACUUAAGAUAGAGACGUUUUCGGGGCGACGGCAACUUCAACCGGACGUGACAUCAUCAUUUGUUGGAUAUUGCGCAUGCUCGUGCUCACCACCUUGCCGUCGUGAUCCCGUCGGCGACGUGAAACUGGUCUGUUCGGCGUUGUGGCGAAAACGUGAGUAUUUAACUUUCAUUUCAAUCAGGUUUGUUGCGUUUAGCAACCAACAUUUUGCAGAUUAUCGUUCUUAAAUUGUCCUUGUUUUCUUUGAGGCACAUUUCAAGCUCGAUUUCCAAGCUCUGUUUUCUAAACUUACAUCUUUGAAUGUUUCUAUGUUUUCAUGUCACAGGAUCAAGAUCCAACUUGGCAAACAGCCAACCGUUAGUGAGCUUGACAUGGGACAAAAUUUUCCCACGAGCCAAAUAAAAGUAUCCAGACAAAAAAUAUGAACUCCGAUAUUUCAAUUGUUUGUUUUUAGUUCGCUCUUUUCGUUAGAAUAUCGUAUAAAUGAAACGCAUUGAAAAUUAUAUAGAAUAGUAGGUAAUACCAUGUACUAACUCUGAUAACUCGGCGUGGGAAUACUGAAAUAAAGUUGUUGCCGUUGUUGUUGUUGUUGCAUACAAGUAUUUCCCGGGAAUUAUUUCAAUACCAAACUAAGAAUACGGUUCCUUGGUAGCAUUUUAAUGUUCCUGUAAUUUGCAAGGCUUCGGCAAGCCUGUGGAGAUCAUUUUUUUUCAACACGAAAUUCUGCCUUGAACUUAGCUGCAUCCCGCAAGUUCUUUUAGCAUGAACGGAUCGUAACUGUCCCGAGGAAAAUCGGGAUUUUUGGACUCAUAAUUUUCCCACAAAACGAGAAACUCUUCAUCCGAUACAUGUUGUCUGCAUAGCAAAUAUUUAUUCUCUUAAUUCUUUAUGUGAGGCCAUAUUUUCCUCUUCGGUAUUCUUCUAAUUAAUGGCGCCGUCCUUCUGAGUUCACUGCGAUCUUAAUGUUCUAUUUUUGACGGGGAGCGACGGCUGCCUUAGUUCCAGGCUUUCUCUGCCAGUCCGGUCGCCGUCGCCCCGAAAACGUCCCCAUCUUAAGUUCCCUAAUAUUUUUUGGCACCCGGAACUGUUCUUACAAAAUCGUUCACGGGAGCUUAUUUUCUCCAAUACGGUCGCCUCGUGAAGUUAAAGGAGAAUCUGUAAGAGCUAGCGUUGUCGAGAUAUUUUGGGAUGAAGAUUUUAUCGUUAGAAAAUUAAUACGGUAAAAAAAGGAAAAUCUUGAUGUUUGGCCGUUAUCUGUAGAAAAAGAGGCUCUUUUGACCAUGCAAUUUCACCUCAUAGUGCGUAGUUCUAAUCUUGUUAAAAGCACUUGUGAAAGAUCGUGCCGAUUGCUAGAAAGAAGGAUUUGAUAAGUAUGUAUCGCCGCGCUCUUGUUAGUGGUUUUGUAAACAUUUCGGUCUAGUUUAGCAAAUUAGCGAAUAAUUUUUAGACCGCUCAAUAGAUUAUUUUAAAAAAAUAAAAAUUCUUCUCGCAAUUCAAACCGAGACUGAGAAUUAGUCAGCUUCUUCUUCAUUGACCUAUUGCUAAUGCUAUCUGCCGUACACUGUUGAAACUUCCUUCACUCCGACACUAGCACAGGGUCUAAAUGGCCAUGUCGGCAUUUCUAGGAGUGGAGAUGACUCUAGAAAGUUAUGCGAAAGUUUUUUUGGAAAUAGCCCAUUCCAGCUAGUGGCGCAGUACAGUGCCCAACAAUAAAAAACUACAAAUACAUAAAUCAACAUAUGAUACCCUUAACUAACAACCAGAAACUCAUCACAUGGUAGGCAACCACUGUCUCGUGUGAAUGUAACUGGGUUAUUACGCCAACUUCAGGUUAAAAUAGAAAAUAUUUACCUCUUUAAAAUAAUAAAAAAGCAUGGAAAUGUCUUUAAAAACUGGCUUUGCCCCAAUUUCCUCUUGUUGCCCAAAAAAUCUGAGUUGCCCAAAAUUUGAAGGGGUGGGUGGGGGGGCUGCAGCCCCCCUCGUCACCCUGGCCCGUACACCUAUGGAACCCCAUGACUACCGGAUUUAUUAUGUAAACUAUAAUUACAUCAUCAGUUUGGAAUUUCUGUCGCUGAGUCGCAGACGUUCCUUCUCACGAAAUGCCCUCGUGAGAGGCGGGGAGAAACGGCUGUUUUCGCAGGCUACCUAACUCGAAAUCUAACUAGAAAUCCUAACUCUGCAAAAAGGUAUCCUCCCACGGACGAUGUUUGUUGGAGAGAAUGGCGUGACGAGCCAAAAGAACGUCUGCGUGGGAGCUAAUUCAGUUCAAAGGGAGUGUUCUCGCUUUUUUGUACCGUAUUUAUUCGAUUAAACGUCUCGGCAUUUAUUGAAUCUUUUGCUAUUCAAACGCAACGUUUAUUCGAAGUGGGCGUCUAUUUCAAAAUCAUAUUUUCUUAAAUCAUUGACAACAAUUACGACAAAUCAUUUUUAAUUAUCAGGCACAAGUAAAACAGACAGAUCUUUAGCGUUUCAAUGUCUCACGUUUUUUUUUUCUUUUUAUCUGGGAGAGAACGUUGUUGUCUGGUUGAUGUACACAACAAAGUAGUGCCGAGUUGUCCUUUUAUAAUCCUCGAUUAAACGGCGCAUUCGUCUUAUUUCGUGCGGCUUAUAUUUUUAACUUUGCUUCCAUCUGCGGCCUUAAAUCAAGGGUGGCGUUUAUUCGAGUAAUUACGGUAACUGGCAGAUCGCUACAAAUUUUACUUAACAAUUAUUCUUUGAAAUCGAGGUGAAUAGUGGCAAAAUAUUUACCGAGCCGCGAAAGCGGCGAGGUAAAUAUUCCCAAAGCCACUAUUCACCGAGAUUGAGAAGAAUAAUUGUUUUAGUAUAUACACACGAAGUGAUCUCAACAAAAUCAGAAAGGAAACCAUUCAAAAGUAGGAUUUGAUUGACAGAUCAAAUCACGCGUAAGUUUAAAAAUAGAUCUUUGCAGAAUUUUCAAACAUGGCAAUUCACAAGUUUACUCAUUUCGCAAACAACAGCGUAAUGGCUUCAAUGGAAUCGCUAAAAGUUUGAACUGUUUCCUUACCUGAGAAAAAAAGUAGAGCUGUGUUGUUUUCUGUUGACUCGCCAAGUUUAUAGCCAAAAGGGCAUGUUGUGUCGUUCUUCGCAUGAAGUGCUGACAAAAAUGGCGGCUCGGUUGCUCGAGGUAAGAGGUCGUCUUCCUGUAUCAUUCUUUUUCCUGUUUACUUGAAAUGUAGAAUUUCUGCAAACAUUUCCUUUUAAAUUUGUUUUUCAUAAAUAAACUUCGAUUUUUGAGCCAAAAUUUUCUUCUUAGAAAACGCUGAGUUCACGAAACGGUUUCUUCUACGCGAAUACACGGGAGUUGUAAACAAUCCAUCGAGCACAAAACUCCUGCUACAGUAAAUUGAAAAACGCCGUAUUGAAUCCUUCCAAGUCUUUUCUUGCCUUAAAAAAAGUCAGCCCUAGGAUUUUGUCGACUUUUAAAAGAUCGUUCUCUAAAAAAAACGGGAAAAACACCGAGCUCACACAUUAUCCACUCGCUAGGAGGUGAAUAUUGUUGAAUAGUCCGAGAUAGCGAACCAAUCAGAUUGCUUAAAUCACCAAGAUCACUGAGUGUGUAUAUACUAAUUCAAUUUAUAACAUAGCUAGAAAAUUCGCCUAAUCAAAUUCAAUAGCGCGAGCGUGCUUCAUAUUCCUAUUGAGCACGCUGAUGACGUCAAUAAACUAUUCGUAAUUCCUCGAGUUGUUGUGAGCUUAGCAAUCCUGAGUCUCUUGAGUGCAUCCAUAACUCAGCAAUAGACAAUGAAGCGUUUACCAUGUGUUUUGUAAAGAAAUUUAAGAGGAAACGUUUGAAUUUGUUAACCGAUAGUAAGGAAAAGAGGUGAGUGUUGUUGUUUUUGUUGUCAUCUCCGCGAGCUGUGCGGGCUAUGGCGUGAGCUCAUUCUUUGCAAAGUUGUUUUCUCUCAAUAACAAUUUUUCGGUAAAUUAAUAGUUUUCCGGCACCUAAAUAUGGAUUUUACAAUCAUUUUAGAGUACACUUUCUCUCAGUUUCAGGAUAAAACAUAAGAUUAACUGUGAGGAAAAAAGAUAUAUUCACGUAAACAUUGACGCGUACUGCUUUGAGCGCGCCCUUCAAUAAUAAAAUUUUCAGUUAACUGCUGCAUUGAUCGCUUUGAUAAUGUUAUAAAACAAUUAGUUCAUGCUGCAGCUGUGCGUAUGUCGAGAUAUUGAGCACUUGGGAAGUUUGGAGAGCACUCAAGAGGCUAGAGUUGCACUCGGCUGCGCCUCGUGCAACUCUUACUCCUCUUUCGUGCUCUCCAAACUUCCCGCGUGCUCAAUAUCUCGACAUACGCACGCUGACGCAUGAACUAAUUGUUAAUUAUUCACUCGCAAAUCUAAAAAGAAUUCCCUCUCCGCAACAUAUGCGUUUCAGUUUUUUUUCUCUAGGCAAUACUCUGGUUUUCCCCCUUAUUAUGGAUUAAACUACAAUAAAUGCGUUUCAAUGCCAGCAAAUUUUAAAGCUCUAGGCAUCCCAAACAAUUGAAAGCGUUUAAUAUCUGCUAUAAAUUGUCCAAGUAAGUAAAGGCAAACUCAGUCAAACUUUUUGUCAAACAUAGCGCAGUCCUAUCAGUCAGAGCGUUUCGGUCAAUAGGGACUUUACGAUCCGACGACGCGAUGACAACGAGAAAGUCGAAAAACAAUAGGUUUAGAAGGAAAAACAACAACUUUGCACGUGCCUCACACUUUUUUGUACAUCUUUGCCGUUUUUGCACGACUGCGACGUGAAAGUGCCUAAUUUUGCAUUUUAUGGAGGAUGAAACAAGCGACGACGAAAUUCUAUUUCUCCUUCUGAAUCUGGAUAGGGAUCCUAGGAUUUCAACUCCAGGAGGGUUCGCCUUAUUUUGAUCAAGCAAAUGGGCAGGUAUAAUGGCGAUAAAGACUGGAAGAACGUAAAUUCACUUUUUAUGCGACGUUUUCACUUACCUUCACUGCCAUCGAGUCAUAAUGUUCCCUAAUAGGUGAUCUGGUACGCAGUCAACCUCGUUUCCGAAGCAUCUCUUCUUUCCCUGGCUACGAGGCUGUUAUGCGGUAGUGAUUUUGUGCCUCGUCUGGGAUCAACGUCUAGAAUAGAGCUGCGAUAUGCAGCAUAACAUAAUAUGGUAUGGGCCAAAGGUUUGAGGGUGCCAGUGGCACACAUGGAUCACGUGGAGCACCUCACCGGGGUCCUUCUCUUGAGUUUUAAUUUCAUCCUUUUAUGGCAUCUGUUGAUUUUCUCCCAGAUAUCAACGAGUGUCUCACAAUAGUUCCCAGUCCCUGCAGUUGCGGUGUAAGUGGUGUGCCAUGUGGUGCAAACUGUAUCAACCUUGUGCCCAGCUUCACUUGUUCCUGUGCACCAGGAUUCCAGCUCAGAAGUGGUGGAAAAAUUUGUGACGGUAAUAUAUCUUAAGCUACUACUUUCCUGUGUGAGGAAGUCGUGCUCUAUGUCUAGUGUGCAAUCUGAAAGUCUCUAAUAACUGACUGUAAUUUAUUGUGAUUAAAUGGUUAGAAGUAGGUAGCUAAAACAAUAUUGUAAGCUCCAGCUUCUGACUCUUUUAGGUCACCUUCGGUAAAAGAAAAAAAAAGAGAUUAUGUCUCUGAAUUUGCUCUUCAGAUAUCAACGAAUGUUUAAAUGGGAAUGGAGGAUGCGAACAGAUUUGUAACAACUUUCCAGGGAAAUUCUCUUGUGGAUGUUAUCGGGGCUUUCGACUUACGGCUAGUAAUACAAGCCGAUGCAAAGGUAACGAAAUAUAACAGACUUUAAGUUACAAUGAGUAGCAUGAAGACUGUCAAUCCCUGAAAUGAUCUGGUAAAAAUGAAUUGAUAAAAGUUUGAUUAAGGCUCCGUCCACAUGUAUCUGGAUAUUUUUUAAUCCGUCAGCUAAUUUUAAAAGCGACCUUUGUCUCAUUCGAAAUAUUUCCUCGUCAUGCUUUUCAACGUCUGUUUCGCCGACAAAAUUGUCCCACCAAGCACUAGUUCACUAGUUUGACGUGUUUACGGCGUCCAAUUCGUCCGCCCGACAUGGAAAGAAGCUCCAGAAUGUCCAGUUGCCGUUUGGAAUAAUUGAGGUGUACAGUAAUCAUAGCUAGAUCACAAAGCCCACACGUUAUAUAUUAGGACUUGAAAGUGAAGUCCAAGAAGUAAAGAAGCGAUAACACCAAUUUCCAAGAUCUUGUUACGUCACUGGAUACGAAAAUAUCCGGAUUUGUUAUAUUCCUAGACUUUUACUCAACUAAAAAGGGACUGCCAUUGGUUGAUUCUUGGUCACGUGGCGGUGACUAAAAUCAAAUGUAUCCCGAUCGUGAUACAUUAAGCAAUGUACCCCGCUCGGGAUACAUUACAGCACGUGAUCAAAGCAUGGUGGAAAGUGGUGUGACAGAAAACGGGAAAAACACUGCCAGUUUUCUUUUUUUUUUCGUGAAUGAACACCAGCAACUUGAACACAAACACGAAGCCUCAAGCUAAAAAACAACGAUUUUUAAAGUCAUCCCAGAAGAGGAAACAGAAGCUAGUUGAAGAAAAAGAUGCAGAUAAUAUAAGGAAACUACUCAGUAAAUCAUUCAUUCAGUGGUUUUAAGGAUUAAAUUUGUGUUGUAAGUUAUAAGUACCGAGUCGACUGUUUUGGUUCGCCCUCGUUAUUCGACUUAUUCUUUUGUUGCUGUUGAAGGAAGUCUAGAAAUAUAACAAAACACUUAAUGACAGAUCCCUCGGGAAACCAGUUAGUUUUGUUUUCCCUCGAGUACAUCAGGACCCUCGGGAAAACAAACCUAACUGUUUCCCUCGGUAUCUGACAUUAAGUGUAAAUUGGCGUCCAUACGAUUCCGAAUUCAUAGCGUAUUCAAAAAUUUCCACUCUGAUGAGCGGGUUCAAAAAUAUCCGGAUACGUGUGGACGGGGCCUAUCUCUGUUAAAACUUGUUUGGAGAGAUUUUGUCCAGUACAGCUACUAAGCAUAUUAAAAUGGCUGGAGACCAGAUGAUGAUUAGUUAGUAAAACCAUUUUUUUUACUUACCUACUUACUUACUUACUUACUUAUUUACUUACUUACUUAAAUACUUGCUUGCUUUCUUCAAGGUCAAUGCUCCAGAGUCGAAAAAAAAUAUUUGUUUUGGUGAAUACAGGGUGCCUGGUACUCGGCCAAAAGCCACGCCCAGUUAUUGUUGGGUGGCACCGACCAUUAUCACCUAAUGUAUAUUUUAACAUCUCCCGUAAAAGUUUCAUAUCCAGUGUGCCCUCACAGAACUGCCACUUUAAACAGCAUAUAAAUCUGUUUCACCUGCAGACAUUAAUGAAUGCUUGUCCAGUAACGGUUUCUGCGCUCAACAGUGCAUCAACACUCCAGGCUCCUAUUAUUGCCGAUGCAGUCCUGGAUUCAUUUUGGAUUCAAAUGGCAGAACUUGCUCAGGUAAAUUUAAAUCCUCUCUCUUCAGGAUGACGUCAUUUGCUUAAAGCAGCCAAUAAAACUUCAUUUCGUUCACCAUUCCUUCUCUAUUUGUAGCAUAAAAGAACACAAGGAGAGGGAUGUGUGGUUACUGCUUUGAAUUAAAGUUAAAAGGAAAGAGAUUGACAAAAUUGUAUCUCAGUAUCUUUUUGAUAUAUACAUACAGCUAAAUCAAAUUAAAAAGGUUUCUUUGGCAAUUGGUCAUUGGAAAUCGGGCAUCUGAAUCGACCGGCCUUUAAUGGCGUCCAGUGACGUCACUGCUUCUUUGCUUUAAUUCAUAAAACACGAUUUUCAACUGGCAAACAAUGAAAUAUCGACUGGAAAUGUCUACAUGAUCCCGGAUUGCAUCAAUCCUUUUGAUUUAAUUCAUAUUUAACGUUCAAACUGUCAACUGCAUCCAGUACGCUGAACAAAUCUGUUGCAAUUCAUUAAUUUAUGAUCAAAAUCGAUCGCAAUCACGCCAUGAAAAAAAUACACAUAUGGAACACUUCAAAAACACAGCAAUUUGAUUAAAUUGAAAAUAAGCUAUUUGGUCCUUAACCGAAGAAGAAAGAAAACAGGAAAGAAAAGCUAACAGAAUCCUUACACUUGACGGUGAAAAUGACAAGAAGGUCGAAUUAUAACUUAAAUAUCAGAAAACGUCGCAUAAACAAAAUCACUGCCGAAACCACAAAACGGCUCAUCACGAGCCUCAGCGCUCCGGAAGUUAAAAAAUUCGUACCGUCUGGUUGCUAUGAAGUGACGUAAUCAUCCAGUUGAGUAUCCAUCACCGUAACUCUAGGGACUUUAAGAUUCGCUACGGCAAGGGGCUACUACGGCUACAUAAGGUCAAAAUCACUUCCGGUGACGUCACCACGCGAGUUGCAGUACGGCUUUCCCCCGUAGUCUCGUUUUCUGCUGGGUCAAACUGCCGUCUUUGCCGUACUCUUCACUACGUGAGUAUUAACUGUCAUUUCUUUGCCAUUUUAAAGCUUAUUUCCCUUUUCUGAGAAGCCCACUUGAAAGACUAAGUACUUAGUCAUACUUAAAUAUUCCUUAGGUAUUAUUGUUUCGUUAUUUAAGCGAAAACUCAAAGGAUUUGGAUGCGUUAUAAUCACGGCUGCAGACAAGAAAACCUCGUAAGAGAGCUUAUUUAAGCUUAUAGAAGGUUUAGUUCCAAUAAGUGAUCGUCAAGACUUUAAUUUCACGAGUACCUAUUAAAAAAAUAUUUUUAUCUUUUGGCUUAUCAGCCAGGGAUGUUCUCAGUAACAACUUGUUUCGCUUUGAGAAUAAAGUUUUUAUAACUUACCGGCCCUAGAGCGAGCGAACGCUCAUUUAAACGUAUAAAAAAGUUGUGUGACAUUUAUAUUUGUUCAAUCCCGACAGAUUUAGACUAAAUGUUCAAUCCCGUCGCAAUCGUUCCUUGGUAGCAUCUUAUAACAUCAGGGAUUUGUAAAGCCCGUGCAAGCCUUGGGAUGUCAGCUUUCUUGAAACGAAAUUCUGUCAGACAUUCAUCUUCGUUGAAAUUUUGAGGGUUGAACUCGGGAUACAAAUGAUUUGGCAGAUAAAGGUUUUCUGAGCUAUACGAAUUAUAUAACAACAGAAAUUCAGCAUCAUUUAUAAAAUUCAUGCCAUAAGAAAGCACAGCAAGGUCUGUUAUUUCUUUAAACGAAACCAUUGAAGAGAAAUCAACCAAAACCUAGACGGGAAAACUAGUCCUGUUGUCUGAGUUUGUUUACAUUUUGUGUAGGUUGUGACGUUGCCGUACCGAGCGUAACUUAACCAUUUUGAGUUUUGGCGGGAGACCGCGUAGUCGCCCCAACCCUUCCCGGAUACAACAGCCGUGUUAGAGCUAUGCCGUAGCGAAUCUUAAUGUCGCUAUUUUUGCGGUCAACUACCGCAGCGCUCGUAAAGUACUCUAAUUAAAACCAGGCGGUGUGCGUCACGAGAUUCGACCAAUCAGAAUGCGUCAUUUGUAGAGUGAUUUUCGCGCUCGGAAAGAGCCUUUUUUAGAGGUAUAUGUGGUGAAAUUUUCGCUUUAUUCCAAGCUUGUGUUAGUAAUUUCGACACUAUACCGCCGUGGAAAGUUGUUGGAACACUUUAUCCUGAUAGCAGUUGCGUUACUUUUAAAUAUUUUGCUUUCUUGAGCGUUUGUGACAAGUUUGAAUUGCUCGGUCAUGUGCAGGCCGCCAUGAUGAUUUGAGUGUUGUUUUUGCCUUUCUUCUUGGAUUCAUUGCUGGUGACUGUUAGCAGUUUUAUUGAAUUAUUUUGGCCCUCUUGUUACUUCAACCUUUCUUCUUUGCAAAUUUCGGGGUCUACCCGGGUCUACCCCUGUUAGUUUUCCCGUUUUGAGCCGUUGAAAGUGUCUUGGAAUUAAGACAUCGUCUCAGCCAAGUGGCACAACUCGCGGAAGCCGACGUGAAGCGAGUAACGCCAAAUACAGGAAGAGUUUGUUCUAUUUUAAACCAGAAAAGGUAAAUAAGUUUGACUAUUGUAAUAACCUUUGGAAAUAAAACAUUUUCAUACCCAGUGCUGAAACUGAAAGCGUGACUUUAAAAUAAUUUGCAUGCGGCGUGUGCUAUGUGUAUGCAAAUCUUUAUGUAAACUUAUGUGAGGAAAUAAAUUGUUAUAAAUCUCUACCAAAACACAAAACCGUUAUUGAAGAUCCAGACAACAUCAUACAGGAUUUUAAAACGAUGAGGUUAGGUUUUACUGUAUAACAAAAUCGAUAUACUGCGCUCACUUCAAUAAACUCACAGACAAGAUCGUGGUUUAGCUUCGGUGAAAUUCCGAUUGUGCUGUAGCUGAUCGGCUCUUUCGGUCUGUUUUCCCCUUGCCCGAUAGAAGAUUUAUUUGCGCAUAAGGAUUUCAAACGGGCACUGUUUUCAAAAUGAUAUAAACUUGUCGAUGAAAAUAAAACUGUUAUGAGAGACGAUUUCUCACCUUGCUGUUUGCUCACGCUCCCCCUCCUUGGCCGGUAAUAAUCAAAAAUUAUAAACACUUCUAAUGGACGAUUUUGUUUUUUAGUUACGCAAAUUCAGGUAUGGACUACAGAUCUCUUUCACUAUGAGAUAAAAAUAUACAUACAAACCAAAGGGUACAUAAAAUCUUGUUAGAGGCAGGAAUGUUCCGUAAUGUUUUUCAGAAAAGUCAUCAGUUUUUUUAUCCCUGGGUUUGGUUCAUCUCUCUCACGGGAUGCGAACUCGACCGUGUCACGAUUGAAAUGAGGCACAGUAACAGUUUUACCCAUGAACCUUUGUGAGUCGUGACGCACACCGCCUGAAUUAAAACCGUGGUCAAAACCCUGUAGGAAAUCUGUUUAUUUUUGAGUCGAUUAAUGCACUGCUGACUUUCACGAGGUCAACUUUUGCAUAAAUUAUCAAACAUUAUGUUAAAGGGGAAAUCCACCUAUGGUUCGCGGGAGAAGCAACUUCUAUAGCGGCGCAAGACAAAUGUUUCGAGAGUCGAGGAUGUGCUCACAAACUAUUCACUAUGCGACGAAAGGAGAAAUCACUGGCAUGAUAGCUGCAUGUAAUGGUAAUUUUAAUAAUCCAGGUCGCGCCGUGUUCGCUCGAGGACGCUGUAACAACCUCGUUUGGCGCGCUUCUCAAUACUUCCAAAACAUGUGGUAAUCGGUAAGUAGACUUAAGCACUUAGUAUCGCCAAGUCAUUCGGAUCAGUGUAUACCCAAUUCUUUGUCUGAAGAUUCUCGCAAACACACAUACCAAGUAAAUCUGGAUGGAAGAGGAAAUUGUCUCCCUAAACGCAGCCAGAUUAUAUUUUGAAGGAUGGCGGCACAAUUCAACGUGUCUCCCAGGUCAGCCCUAAUUUAUAGUUCGUAAGAGUAUACAUUGCGAUCUCCCUAUUUUCGCUUAAGCUUCCUUUGAUUAACUUCAGUAGAAACAAAACAACGCAGGCAUGACAUUCUCCUGCAUGAGACACAAUCGGCUGAAGGAAAUAUCUGUUUACAAGUCGGGUAAAUUAUCCAUUCUUGCGCACCGCAAAAUCAGCUAAAAUCAGUCGCUGGAAACCUGGCAUAUCAUUAAGCCUGAGCGCUUCUAAGAAUAACACGUUUAGAACUUUGACGCGUAGAAAAAAGGGCAGUUGUUCUAUAUCCUUUCUGGUUCAUCCAGGUAGAAGUCCUAGCAUAUUAUUAUGCCUGAGCGCUUCUGGGAUAUAUAUCACGUUUAGCAUUUCAACCCGUAGCAGUAAGUACAAUUAGGCAGUUGUUCUAUAUCCUUUCUGGUUCAUUCAGGUAGAAGUCCUGGCAUGAUAUCAUUAUUAUGCCUGAGCGCUUCUAGCAUAUAUAACACGUUUAGCAUUUCGACCCGUAGCCGUAAAAAAAAAAUUAGGCAGUUGUUCUAUAUCCUCUCUGGUUCAUCCAGGUAGAAGUCCUGGCAUAUUAUUAUGCCUGAGCGCUUCUAGGAUAUAUAACACGUUUAGCAUUUCGCCCCGUAGCCGUAAAAAAAAAUUAGGCAGUUGUUCUAUAUCCUUUCUGGUUCAUCCAGGAAGAAGUCCUGGCAUAUGAUUAUGCCUGAGCGCUUCUAGGAUAUAUAGUAGCAGUUUGACCCGCAGAAAAAACAAACUCAGCCGUUCAUUUUGUAGAAGAUAUUUCAGCAUUUUUGUCUGUGUUAGCAAUGUGAUCUACUUAAUACGCAGACUUUAAUAUAUGUUUUUUUCUUUGACGGCACUGAAUAAUUUUAGCCGAAACCUGAGCCGUACAUUUUUUGAAUGCCGCGCUUUUAAUUAAAUUUCUCGCCCUAGAAUGAUGAGAUGAUGGCGCGAAAAUUGACGCCUCUAUCGUAUUAGAUGCGAAAUAUGAUCAGAGAUAAAUGGAAUAGUGAAUGUUACAAGGUUCUGAGUAUACAGCUGAGAUAGGGGACUUUUAGUCCCCUAUCUCAGCUAGAUAAACAAAUUUUUUUUGGUUGCUAAGACGGUGCGGCACCGACUAUCCGCAAUGAUUCUUCAUUCGUAGUUCAAUUUAACAAUUCAUUUUGCUGUUAACGAUAAAGAUUGUCGAUAUUUUUUGACUCCUCAAGCAUGCCAGGCGUGCGAUCCUAUGAAUAUCAAACCACAGUCCCGCUAACAUUUUUCACAAUUAUAUAUAAUUAUGCGAAUGUUCGGACAAUCAACCAAUCAAAAUCACUACCCUGCUUUCGGGUAGUGACGUCACUGGACGGCAUUAACGGCUGGUCGAUUCAGACUUUGCUUAGGGAGUAAAAACGAUUGGAAGUAAUCGUCUGAAACUUAGGCUACUAUAUAAAGCCGACUCGUGUUACAUUAACGACACAUCCUACAAUCAAAUUCACUAGUUCGUUUUCUAAAGCUGAAAUCCCUUUCCUUGAUGUCAACGUUAUAAUAAUCAACGGCAUAUUACAACUAAUCUUUAUGUCAAGCCCUCAGAUAAGCACCAAUACCUCCUCAAAUCAUCCUGCCAUCCAACCCCGACCUUAACAUUCUACAUUCCUGGCAACAAUGCAACAAUCUACGUGACUUCUUAUUCAGAACCAAACACCGCAGAACAACCCCAAAACACCUGGAGCUUUCCGCUAAAACAGAAGUAGCCUACGUAGAAGGCGCUUUUUUAUAAAAGUAUUUGGGCGUAAGAAAGAACGGGCGCGCGAGAGGGAGACAGGCGUGUCUUCCUCGUGCGCCCCGUUCUUCUUCCAGGCUCGCCAAUUUUUCCCCUAUCUCCCAACUGCAACACCACCAUCAAGUUAUCUUAGCCUCACUACGAGUCUGAUACUUUUUGAUUAGCUUUCGCAGUGGAGGAGUAAUCGACUCUGACAGCCUUAUUUAUUUCUUCGCGGAUUCAAAGUUUCACAUUCCCUUCUACAAAGAAAGUAUUAAUGAUUACCCACGGUUACUCUUUUUUGGCUUACUGGAACAUUCUAUAUCCUUGUGAUCACUGAGCGUUCUUAAAGUGAACGAAGGGAUGGGGGGCUAACACUCGUUAAAGCCAUUACAGAAUGCAAUGAAGGGCACAUAGAAGUCACUCAAUUUUCUUGGAUUUCAGAUCACGAUGAGUGUCUGUCGGGCCACCAUGGAUGUCAGCACCUGUGCAACAAUUUUCAUGGAAGCUAUUCCUGUUCAUGUUAUUCUGGGUUUUCCAUCAACGGAGACAACAGGACUUGUUCAGGUAUGCGUUCGAGUUGUGUCUGUUAGUUGUUUAAAAGAGCGGAGUAACUAAAAUAAUACGACGAAAAUAUGCGUAAAGCAAGUGUCAAACUAAUAGACUUUUACUGCGCUUUUCAAAUCUCGGUAGUCUUUGAAGAUAGGAAUUUUUUAUGAGGAAAAUGUAACGCAGAUGGUAGAAGGCUGAUUUACAUACCAAAUUCACGUGAGAAAGGAUAGACAUAGUGCGGUCAAAAAUUGCACCGAUGUUUCUGGCAGAAUCGAAUGGAUUAAUUGUAUCAUUUCCAAAACGAAGUGGUGGUAGAUACUUUAUAGGACAGUGUUUAGAGUAGAAGAAGAGAAUUACAGUUUUGUCCUUGUUUAGUUUCAGUUUAUUUAGAAACAUCCAUUCAUCAAGAUCUGACAAGCAAUCCUGUAUUUUAGCAAAGAUGCUCCAGGUCGUUGUUUGGUGAAAAAGAGAUAGAUAAUUGAGUAUGAUCAGCGAAGAAAUGAAAUUGGUGCUGUUUAAAGUAGGUACAGGAUGGGUCCAAGGACACGAGCCCUCAGGCAUGCCACAUUUGAGCUCGCAAUAUUGUGUUUUUUCCACCCAUCGAUUAAGGCAAAUUGUGUGCUGUUUGUAAGGUACGACCGAAACCAGUCACGAGCAGUACGACAAAUGGAGAACCUAGAGUCAAGUCUUUUAAGCAAAAUAUCGUGGUCGACAGUGUCAAAAGCAACAGACAGGUCAAGCACCAAGAGUAUAACACAGCGGCGAUUAUGAACCGCUUAUAGUAGAGGUUCAUCAAGUUGAUUUGAUUCAAGGUAGUUUUGGAGACGUAGAGCCACAACUUUCUGAUCCACCAACUUCGCAAGAUAGUCUGUCGAUGCGGCUUUUGACGGCGCCUUUUUGUCACUCUUUUCUUCUUUCGUGUUAUUUUGUUUACGUAUGUGACCGAUAUUGAAGUCAGCGAAGAAAAGGACAGCAUCAUCCCCAUAAAGUAGGAUCUUUGACUGAAGUAAAGAGUUGGGCCAGUCAUUGAUGUAAAUCGAAAACAAAAUCGGACCAAGUAUGGAUCCUUGUAGGACGCCAGAUUUUAUCUGCUGAGGUGCAGACUGUGCGUUGCCAUAGACAGCAGAUUGACAUCGACUCGUAAGAUAGUUCUCGAACCACCCCAGUUCAUGGUUCUUGAUACCAUACCCAGGCAGUUUCUCUAGGAGAAGCUGGUGAUUUACAUUGUCGAAGGCUUUUUGAAAGUCGACAAACACCGGUGCUGUAACACAACCUUCAUCACUGCCUUUCCUAAUACAAUCCGUGAAAUAUGUAACCGCGUCCUCGUAGAAUGAUUUUUCCGAAAACCACACUGGAAGGGAGAUAGCUGACUGGACUUAUCUAAAUGUUGAAGGAGCUGUAUUUGCACUGCUCUUUCAAGGAUCUUCGAAGCCACCGGUAAAACGGAAAUGGGACGGUAGUUAACCAUAUACUUCUUAUCCCCAUCUUCAUAAAGUGGAACCACCCUUGCAUAUUUAAUUUCCAUUCCUCCGACGAAACUGCAGAAGAAAUCGAGAGAUUUAUUAUGGGUGUUAGCGGAGCUGAGAUGCUUGGAGCCGCAUCCUUUAGUGAACGGGCUGGAAUUCCGUCAAGUCCUGCACCUUUCGAUGUUUUUAGCAGCCUAAGUUGACGAUCAACAAACGCAGCUGAUACCGGGUUUCAAAGAGAACAAAGAUUGACUUGAAUUAUUUCUCUUACUUUGAAUUACUGAAUUACUGCUCUUACUUUCUCAACCUCUUAAGCCUUGUUCUCCUUGUUCUUACCUUCUCCGGAUCUGGCUUUACAACCUCUAUCGUUAGCAGGUGCCCAUGAAUGGAACUUUUCUAUACGUGUACUCUAACUUCUCGGCGUUGAGUUUGAUACCUUUCUGCUGACAUCUAAUCAUAAAUCCAUCCAAAUUGCUGUCAUAAUCAGCUUCACAUGUGCCAGAUGAGAACAUCAUCUGCAUUACAUUUUACACUAGGGAGAACUUCUACCUCUUGAUGGAGACGUUUCUGCAACGUUUCACUCGAAACAGUAAGACCAAAAGGGAGCCAACUAUAUAUCGACCAUAUGGCGUAGCAAAUGUCGCGAGAAUACUUGACUCGUAACUCAAGAUGUCAAAAAGCCGAGGCUAAAUCAACCUUUGUAAACACUCUUGCAUCUGUCAAAUCGGGCAACAAAUCAUCAAUGACAGGAAAUUGAUAACGCUCCCUCUUCAAAACACCCGGGUCGAUACAAACACGCAGUUCACCAGACUUCUAAACAGCUACAAGAAUCUGAUUGACCCACUCUGUCGGUUCGUCAACUGGAGUAAUGACUUUAAGACUUCCAACCUUUGGACCUCUUCUUUGAACUUCUCUCGAACAGACAUAGGGACUUCUCUUGCUGGAAGAGCAACAGGUUUGCAAUCCGGGUCAACUUGAAGGUUACCUUUAUCUGGAAGUGUUCCAAGACCUUUGUCAAAAACAUCUGCUUACUUAACUGUGAGAUCAUCAUUUGCAUUCCCUACGACAUUACUGAAGUUUUCCUUGUGUACGGUUAGCUGAUUCAUUUUCUGUGUCGUUAAAGCCAAACAGUCAGGGGUCAAAUCCAACAGGUACCACUUCAGUGCCAUUUCACAUAACAAGGGUUUGCAAACAUGAGUCAAGUUCCUCGACUUCAGCAUACUACAGAGGUAAAAUAUUUGCACUUGCCACCACAAUCAACUUGAAAUUGUUCCGGUUGGUGCCUAACCAGCAUUCUCGCAUCCACGGCUCUCCUUCCCAAGGCCUGUACUCUAACAACGCUGAUCGCCUCUAACUCCUCUUCGCUCUCAAUAUUAUGGACAGGAACUUUCUUACACUUCUUGGCAAAAUGAUUCUUUCUUCCCAUUGCUUACACCUCUUUUCCCAUCCAGGGCACUUCAUCCUAUUAAGUUUACGGUCGUGGCCACAACAUUUGCAGGAAAUUUUCUUUUCUGACCUCCCGUCCGGCACUUGAGCGCAAAGCUUCUUAGUAUUUGACAUGACUUUGAUUUAUGUUAUCCACUGGCCCAGAUAUAACGACUUCAUCUGCAACUCAGCGACUUCCUCACGGCCACACGUCGACGCAGCGAUUCAAGGUAACGGAAGUCUCAUUCUCAGCACCUUCGUGGUCGUAUGUUCGCUAUUAAUUCCAAACACAAUACGAUCAUGGAUUAAACUAUCUCACAAACAACAACAAACUGAAUGGCAUGUUUUCGCCAGAUUCCUAAGUUCGGCAGCAAUUAAAACUAUCACCCGACUUAGUUGGGAGCUUCUCUGGCACAUGAAAACAGUAUCGUUCGUAAAUUUCGUUACCCUCGCCGCGGCAUUGUUUCUCUGUGUUGUGCAUGACAAUUAUGCGCUAAUAAUUUGAGAUGCCCCCUUCGGCGAAAUUAAAUGUUUUGAUGACAAGCAAAGCAUCAUAUCCUAUCACAUGAAUGAAUAUCAAUGAUAGUGGCGCUGAAGGUUGAGAAAUUUCCACCAUAUUUUCCACCUUCACCAGAGAGUUAAUUUGCCGAUUAGCAAAACGCGCGAGACAAAAGAAGCAUAAGUGCUCACUGACCAUGAAAUAACACGACAAAACUUUGCGUAAAACAAGUAUCAAACAAAGCACAUGCAUAUUGAAAUGUAAACAAAGCCUCCACAAUUUCAAUAUUACCACAUUAAUAACCAAUUUUACAGUUUGUAUAAGAUAUAACACGGCAAACUGAUCCUUACAGCAAGACGAUGAACAAUUGAAAGGUGGGUCAAAUAGGGUGAAAACAAGACCUAGACAACUAUGGCUAGACUGCCUCAUUUUAGCAAUCCCAUUUAAAUCCCAUAUCCUUUUUAAAUCCAGGACACUCUGUUUGAGUUUACUCAGCCAAAACAGGAGAUUGAGUAUAUCUCUGCUUUCAAUAUUACAGCCGCUGUUGAAACCCGCCCUUCCCAGUUACACAAUUUUCUUUAUUUCACUCCUUCCCCCCCCCAUCCCUAACAUUUUAUGGGCCUCCUCCCCCGAGCUCUGCGAGAUUCUGCAAUACACGUAUUUGUUUAAAUAUGUUUUUUUGUUGUUUUAUUCGUUUGUUCACUUGCUCAUCGCCUUGCUGUACGGAUCAGUUUGUCGCUUUAUAUUUUAUACACAUUGUUAUUGUACAGAUCCAGGUCUACAACUGUGAGAUCCGGUACCACUCAACGGUUUGUCGCUGUGGAGUUGCUAAUAUCUAACAGUUUACAGUUACAGGCGGAAACGAGGCUGGAGUUGACUUUGUUUUGAUACAACCCUUCCUGCUUUGUUAUGUAUCUAAAUAACGUUUUUCUUAUUUAAGCAUAAUUUCCAUAAAAAAAGGAAGGAGGUUUGUUUCAAAGAGAACAGGUCAACCUCAGCCUCAAGUCCAGUCAAAGGCUAGGAAACUGAGCCCAAAACUGUAAAAUGGUCUAUUACCAACAUAUUCUAUCGGUAGAUAAUUGACGAAUCAACUAUCUCACUGUUUUAGCAAAAAUUUACUUGUCUUGUAUCGCAAAUAGGACAGCACGUUCUGGGGAUUUUUAUGAAAUAUUUACUACGAAAAGGAGAUAGGAUUAUGACUGAACUACGAGUCUGAGUUGAGCUUGAGCGUAAGAUUGAGUUAGGCUUGAGUUACCGCUUUUAGCGUUUAUUUCAUUUUAUUUUUUUAUUAUUUAUCUAUUUUUACACUCUGAGAAUGCAAAUGAUGGCAAAGAUUAUUGGCGUUACACAUAUUUUUAUAGAUCAAGUGCCUAAAUUCAAUUAUUUUUCAAUUUUACAAAAGGGAAAGGGUGUAGACCACACCUCCCCUCCCCUCCCCUGCCUUGGGAUUUCGCCUCUAAGACCCUAGACGCCAGGAACAGGCUAUUGAGAAUAGAAACCUUUAGAUUCAAGAACGAGAACGACUACGACUACGAGAUUUGACUUAAAGUUUUUUCGCGUAUUCUCAAAAUAUAGACUUCCGGGAAAGCUUCAUUUUACCACGAUGAUAUUUCACUAGAAAAGUUAGCACUGUUAUAUUAAGUGAAGGAGAUUGCGCGCUUUCCCGAUCGCAAAAUGAUAAAAAGAUUUGAUAUCUUGUUUUCGCUACAUUAACGCUAAAACGCGUAGUAGAGUGACGACGGCUACCACUUUUUCACGCGCGUACACUACUUAGUGUUGAGAAAAUCUCAUACUCUUAGUCGUGCUCGUCUUAGAAUCUAAGGGUCUCUGUUAGUGACAUUUCGAGUUGCGUUACAUUAUGUACGUCCUGACAAUUAUCACGUGUUUUGGUCAUGUGACGUUGUUGUUGAACUCGGACUCUUGAAUAGAACUUGACUAGAGACUUGUCGAGAUUUAUAUGCGAGAUUUGUCGAGAUAAGUUUGUUUUGUUUUGCUAAGAGCUUACAGUCUUGGAAUAGAAACAACAGUUUCUAAUAAGCAAAUUAUUUCAAUACUCAAGGAACGUAUAAUUACAAGAGAGGAUAAAGGGGACAGAGAAGGCAUCCCCCAUACACACAACAGGGGUCUUUUUUGCAUGAGCAUGCGCGACCGCUGAACAAGCGAUGUGCAUGGAGGCUCACCACAGGGUUUGCCUUCAUCAAAAUGGCGCGUCUCAAAGCUAUCAUAGCGAUUAUUUUGCUCGUUGGUCUUGGCGAAUGUGCUCGUGAUUUAACAAAAUGUGUAGUUUGCAAAAAAAACUCUAACAUGGUCUUAACAAAAGCGAAGUAGACCGGCUUUAACAUACAUGAGCUACUAUCAAAUUUCAUCUCCCCACUUGACCUGGACAACAGCGCACGUAUAUGUAGUUCCUGGAGGAUUGCACUGACCUCAUCAAAGUCUAAACAAAGUGCAGAAACGUUUGUUGAUGCAAGUAAACACUUUCAAUUUUCCUUGUUUUGAAAUUGGAAAGGAAAAGAAAUAUUUAAAAAAAAAAACAUAGCAAAUUUCAGCGAGUGGGUUCGAAGUGCGCGAAAGCCGAUGUUCAGUUCAGCAGUGAAUUAAUAUAUGUUCUACAAUUUUCCCAGCACUUUAAAGCUACAAAAUUAAGAGCACACGAGACGUAGAUUAGUCACCUGGUGAGAUGUUGGUGGUAGUCACCCUGUAUGUCUCGAACAAUAACAAGAAUGAAUAUCAAUGAGACACAGUCAAAACUGCAUUCAAUAGGACCGAAAUUUAAGUCCAAUCUUGUGACCGAUUUGAUGAAACAAACGGGUAGGUUUCCCAAGAAGUACAGUAAACAUGUGAUGACGACCAAAAGUUAAAAAUCAUUGGAACUUUUAAGUUCUGGCCAAAAGCAAAUUCCUGUAAAAGAUGCGUUACAAUGUUAGUCCACGCAAAAACAAGAAGUUCUACAAUUUUCCUAUAAACAAACUUUGUAUCGCUAAAAUACUUAAGGCAAAAACUUUCUAUUCCAACUGAAAACGGCGUGGUAGUCGCCCGCUGAUCGUUAUUAAUCCACUCCCGAAAUAUGGCUAAAUCAGCUAUUAACAAAUUAUUGACAGAAAUCCUCUACGGCAUCGAGAAACUGAUUUACAUCCGAUUUAUAGACAAACAAUAAAUAAAGAACAUUUUGCUCAAUAGCUACGCAUCAGGAAUGCAUUCUAUGCCAAACUUUGCGGUUCUUAAAGGGGAAUCAAGAUACUAGUUGAGCGCCAAACAUCAACAAGCAGCCAUGUUCGUGUCAGACAUCCUUGAGAAACUUGCUCUUUCACCUCGUUCAGCGCACCAGUCUCCACUUUAAAUCAACAGAUCUUUACUACUUUGUACAACGAAGGUCUUUCCUAAGUUCCUGCUACCAUUUCAAUCUCAAGCAAGAUUUCAAAGUGAGCAAUUUGGUUCCUAUGACUAUGCAGCACGGUUGCUGUCACUGGUCGCGUGCUCUUUGACAAGUCAGCGGUCGCGCAUGCUCAUGCAAAAAAGACCCCUGUUCAUACACACCCUAUUCGAAAGGUAAUUCGUCUCGAGUUAUUUUUAAGACCACAGAUCCCAAGGGGGAUUAGACAACAGCCAAUCACAUAGCGCGACUGUGUUCCGAGUGGAUGACCCACGCUCAGAGCCACGCGUCCUUCACGAACUGACGCUGAAAAAAAUGGCGGAAGACGCAAAGAGCGAUAUUGCUAUUCGUUUUGUCGACGAAGACGACUAAAGAGAGAUUUCUACUAAAGCGGUGUCAGCGAAACGGAAAUUAAAAAAGAAUCGCCCUUCCUCUCUUGUAUAGAGCUAACAGUACGGCAGGGAAAUCCUGAAUAUUCUCUCAGGAUCAUUUAUAAUUUACAGUUUGAAGAGAGCAAUUUCUGGUCUGAUAUUUAUUCUUUUAUUAGUCCUUUAUUAUUCAACAAAAAUAACACUUGGCGUCCUACUUGCUUUAAUGUACAAACGACCGGUUUCAAUAGACCGGCGAAAGUUCUCAUUUUAUUAAAGCACUGAGGUUACGGCAACUUCGAGUUAAACUGAUUUCACGGGUUGUCAAAGAGUCCAGCGAUUCCCUUUUCCCAGGUGAGCGCCGACUCAUUUCGCUUCAAUAUUCAGAAAUGCUCUCGAUCUCUUUACGCUUUCAUUGUCUUUCGCCCGACAUGUUUUGCACGGAGUGUUACUCAUGCGAAACCUCCACGAAACAUCCACGCAGCGCGCGCGAGGUAACUUUAUCCCGAUUCUAAAAAUAAUUUAAGACGAAUUACCUAUGGAAUAGGGUGUGUAUGGGGGAUGCCUUGUCUGUCCUCUUUAUCCUAUCUUGAUGAUUACCAUCGCUUAGUUCCUGUUGCUUGGGAAGACUUACAAGACCUGAGAGGAACCUCGGAAAUUUAUUCCAUGACCGCGCUUUAAAGUCGAAAAAUUGUAAUUAUAACAAAAGCAUCAUUUACAUAGAAUUUUUAAAGAACAACAACUCGAAAAAUAUUCUGUUUCCUUACUACGUGUGUUGCGAAUUGCCUGGAAAAUGAACACCCUUAGUGAAACAGAUCCUGGAACUACUUCGUGCGCAUCGCUUUGUGUUUGUAUUGCAGAGUCGAGCAAACUGUCAUUCCAUCAUCUUGUAAACCUGGUAAAAUACGCCCUUUCAUGGACUUUCUUUCACACCGAGCAUUAGAUAAUAAUUUACCAAGAUCGCACAACACUUUGAUAGGUCAAGUUCAUAGUCGAUUCUACAGUAAACAGAGGCGACUCGUGCGAUCGGCUGUAAAAUUUUCGCUUCACUUACCAUCGCAAAUAACUCCUCCGAGCCCUGUGAACGAUGCUGAUGUUUUCAGACCCUUUUCACAGGAGUUGAUUUGGAUAGGGGAAAGCUGUUAUCCAAAAAUCGUGGUUUCUGGACUUAUUUUGAAGAUAAGAAGUGAAGAUACGCUUCUUGAGAAAAGAUGUAUUUCAUUGCCUUUUCAGACAAGCAUUUUGAUUCUCAUCGAGAACCAUCGACGAAAGAGUCCGAAAAAUGGUUAUCUUUGUAUGCUGAUUGACUCCGAAGUAUACUCUAUUGUUACUUACUCACUUUCGGAAAACUAAGUAUGCUGAUUGGCUCCGACGUAUAUUCUAUCGUUGCUUACUUACUUUCGGAAAACUGAUUCGAUGCCAAUAGUGACUCCUGCGCAAGCGCAGUAGUCACAAAAAGCACUAAUGUAAAUUUUAAAAACUAAACGGAGAAAAAAAAAUUCUUUAGAAAAAAGGCAUUCUUUGGUAACUCAAACUUAACUCAAACUCAACUCUAACUCAACUCAAGCUCGUAACUCGAUAAAUAGCAGAUCCCCAUCAAUAGUUUGAUGCAAGCAAUUGCAAAACGGGAAGAACGUAUAGGCUUUGAAAAGUUAACAAAACCCCUGGAAUAUCACGCUUCAGAACAAGAGCGCUGAUUAUUUUUGUCUGGAACAGAGUUACUUCGAGCCAUUUCGGACGUCUUUUUAAGACACCAUGCAUAUGGUAAUCAGCCACUUAUAAAACGAUACAGUAAAGUAAAAUUAACGUAUACCUAAUUUCCUCUAGAUGUGAAUGAGUGUACUCCAGUGUAUGUGGCCAGCCUGAACAGAACUAUUAUUCCUGCCGGAUGUGAUCAGCUUUGCCACAACACACAAGGGAAUUACUCCUGCAGCUGUAACCAUGGAUACCGUCUACUCUACGAUGGCAAAAGAUGUCGAGGUAUUUAAGAGUGACAUUUGUUACCCCCACAAAGCCACUGUUUUCUGAUAGUCUCUUCAAAAUCCUGCAGAUAACUGAUGAUAUUUUAAUACAAACAAAUUUAAUUUUUGAACAACACAGAUGCAGACGAAUGUCUCUCGGGAAGCCACUCUUGUCAGCACAUUUGCCAUAACACACCUGGAUCUUAUGGCUGCUCUUGUUUCUCCGGAUACAGACAAAAACCGGACAUGAGAACAUGUGAAGGUGAACGCCUAAACUUUUUCUCUCUGAUCUUUAAAACAAAAUAUCUACCUUACUCUUGAUUCUGUUGAUUAAAUGCCCCUUGACGCUUAAACAUUAACUGCUUAGUGUAACCCACCAUAACGAACUGCGCAAAGCGGGGAAUCUAACCGACACAUUGUUCAUUGGGAGAACGGCUGAACGUGUGAUGUUGAUGCCCUACAAACGCAAAUUUGUCCCAAGGAUUUUGUCCGGGCAUUCAUUACCAGAGAUGCAAUGCUUUUUGCUUACAACUGAUCCAAUCUAAUCCUGAAACGUACGCAGGGAAUACUAUUCCCUGUUCAAGCAGCCAAAAAAGGGGCGUAAAAAACUCUCCUCUGAAUUCCAGCACCAGGUAUUUGUAAUAAUAACCAUUAGUUUUUUAUCGAUAGGGCUUCCUUGCAAGACUAUCAAGGCUCCGCCGAAUGGACGCAUGACUUGUAGCGGCUUAGUCACCAACGAAACAUGUUUGUUUUCCUGCAAUGAUGGCUAUGAAAUGCAAGGCUCUGAAAGACGAACCUGCUUGAAUUCUGCAGAAUGGGACGGUGAUGAGACAUUUUGCAAAGGUGAGCAAAGACGUAGUCUCUGUGAAACUUAUCUGUAAUUAAACUUUUUUUUAUAGUUAUAUAUUGCUAAAUAAUGAGAUAAAGCAAUCCGAACCUAAGCUUACCCAUACACCCUCUUUUAUAAGAACGUCAAUUUUUCGAGUUGAGCCUGGACCUUUCUUAUUUUCUGAGCAGUUUCAGCCUGGAAAUGUUCUUACGAAAUAUAUUAUAGUUUUCACAUUUUUAAUAAAUUUUACAAGUACAGUAUAAAUGUAUUGUUAGUCUCGCUUGCGUAAGCAGCGAAACUCAUAAUCUGCAGGCCGUUUUUCUUCGUAUUUAAGACACAAAAGGGGAGUCAUUGUGCCAGGCGUUCUUAGCGGAAACCGUGGAAACUGGGAAAAAGAAUCUUUUCUUCACCGAAGCCACGCACUUUUUGCGAAGAAAGCUUAGGAAAGAUUAAAUUUAGAGCUUUUCCGAAAAGUGUCGGUCCACGAAUUCUAUCGCUUGAGAGCGUUGAUUACUUUGGAACAAGUGAACACUACUGAGUCGUCGAAAAAAACUAAGAAUCGUAAUUAGCAAAACUGCGAUGGUCGGGUGUUGUAAACUUUCAUUGUAUGGAAAUGAAUCUUGUGAUGGGCACGCGGUUUAUUUUUGGCGAUGAUUGAAAUGACGUGUCAUGUAGAUCACCUUUUUGAUCUCUGGCGAAGAUGUAAUUUCUCUGGAGUCGAGGCCAUUGAAUUUUCGUGUAUUUAUACAGGCGUAUAGCCUGCGUCCGCAGACGUAUUUCUGGUUGUCGCCAACACACGUAUUAAAUCAAUUCAGAAACAAAUAAAAAGUUAUUAUCCUGAAGAACAAUCGACGUCGAUAAAGUAAGAAGUAAAAACCUUCAGCGAUUAAAUCCUGUCUCGUGUACAAUUAAUCGUCUCCUCAUUUGUCCAUCUAAUCUCCAAGCAAGCGACACAGGCGCCCCUGUAGGAGCGUUCUUGUUGAUCAUAAACAAGAGAUAAUGAGCUAGCUCAUCCACUCUUGUCAUAAACAAUAGGAAUGUGUUGAAAAAGAACAAAAUUUUUCAUACACACUAACUUUUGGACAUCAUAUGAUUCAGGUUACUUUUCUGGAUUUAGAAAGUAAAAGCCCAAGUUAAAUAUUAGCCUGCGAUCACAGACGUUCCCUCUUCCCUUUUUGUUUUGGAGGCGAGGGGUUCUUUUUUUCUUUUUUCUCCUACGCCGACUCUAUCCCCGAAAGAAAGAACUCCUGAUCGUAGAUUCGAUAGUCAGUUGCUUGUUGAAGCAUUUAAAAAGAAAAAUUAAACUUAAAAACGUUACUCGACGUUUCGAUGUAUCACACAUCAUUAUCUAGAGUGAGAAAUGUUAAGUUUCAAAGACACCAUGCAAAAGGAAUAUGAGGUCGAGAAUACAACCCUCACGGACAAUUUCUCGGUAAUCAAAAAUGCGGAAACAAAUUGGAAUGCGUUUCCUUCGAGAUGCUAUUUAUACAAGAACGCAAACCAUCAUUGAAUGCGCAGUCGGAUUCGAUUCGAGCUAAGCUUUCAAUUAAGUAAUACAUAACCAUGAAGCAUGCACGAAUACGAUAUAAUUUAUUCAAAAUUCAGCUCUUUCACAACUUGGAUAUUUAAUAUUUCCCAAUCUUUAUAAUGGUGUGUGAUACAUGGAAACGUCGAGUUUAAUUGUUCUUGAUCGCAGGUUAGUGAAAAAUAAAUUGUUGUUCUCUUAGCCUCGGGUAUGCUCUUAGCGUCUUCUUAAUCAUGAUUUUGGCAAAUUUCAGGCUGAACGUUCUUAUAAAAAAGGAGUGAUAUUUGGCGGGUAAAUAAGAGCUUUAUUCCUGAUUGGGUAUUUGUUGAGCAAUGUCACAAAGCAAACUUCUUUCACCUCACUCUUGUUUUUAUCUCAGUGAAAAGUUGUGGUCGACUGGACCUUCCAGCUAGAGUACUAGUUUAUCUUCCUUGUUACUCCACAUUUGGCUCAAGAUGUACACUUGGCUGUGUGGAUGGCUACUUUGGCGUUGGUAGUGAUCGUGCUACUUGCCGCCUGAAUAAAUCAAGCGAAGUUGAGUGGGACACAGGAAACUUUACUUGUAAAGGUUAGUAUCGCUAAGGUUUUAACAGUAAUUUAUGUGUUAAUGAUAUAUGAAAUAAAUCAUAUAUGAACUGCGGAAAUGAAAUGAAGAUGAAGAAAUGAUCGUCGCAGUGAACGCAAUUUAUGCAAUUGCGUAAAGAAGCCUGAAAAAAAAAUUCAGGACUUCAACGGGGUUUGAACCCGUGACCUCGCGAUUUACCGGUGCGAUGCUCUACCAACUGAGCUAUGAAGCCCCUGACGUGUGGCUUCAUAAUUUCCAGAAGUAAAACGCCUGUUCAUUUGAAUCCUUAUAUCAAAUUUAAAUGUAAAGGCCUAUCUUUCUUAUACUAUUAGAAAAUAUUUUUUAUAUAUUUUUAGCCAAGUGAUGAUAUGCAUCUGCCUGUACAGCGCAACCUGAUGGUGGUCAAUCAAGAAAACUGUCGAAAAUUAAGAAAAGUGUCUUAAUUAAAAGUAUAUCUCCUUUGAUUUUCACUGCAUUGACAAGUAUUCUGCUUUAAUUUACUCUACUAACCAUGUUUCUGGUGUUUGAAAACAUAGAGAUGCGAACCUUUGUAGAGCAGUUUAAUUUACAGAUAAUGUUGUUACAUCCAUCGAUCAUUUUACAGCAUCCCUCCUUGUGUUUUCUUCCUUUGAAUGAAAUGAAAGGAUGAAAAAAAAAACGAAAAUGACCACAAUGUAUUUCUAUUUAUUUUCGAAAGGUUGGAUAACCAACUUCAUGCUUUCUUUUUUCUCAGAGAUAAUCCUCUGCAAACCUAAUCCUUGUCUUCAUGGUGGCCAGUGCAUAGUUAUUAGCUCAAGACAAUUUUCUUGCGAUUGUGAGAAAACUGGAUAUGAGGGCAACCUGUGUGAAAGGGGUGUUGUAAGUCCUCCUGUUUUCCCCAAACUAAUUCCUGGUCAACCCUCCGAGAUACUGGAAGUGUGCGCAAAGCCAGAAAAUUCAUUGACAGUUAAUUUACUUCCGACCACCAUGAACUUGUUCAUUCAGCCUGAGAAGCUGAUAAUACAGCAUCCUGCAUCAAAGGCAGAAUUUCAAAUAACAGGUUACAAUUCUGGGGUUGGAAUAGUGAUGUAUAGUCUUGAUGGAGUAAACAAGUAUGAUUUCACGGCUCCACCCAAUAGCGUCGUAUUUAUAGGUCGUAAUGUCUCAAGUCAAGAUAGUGUUUACACCAAGCUUGGUCUGUUAGCGGGCGAGUUACCAGUUGGGUGUCAACGGAUGGAAAUCAAGAAAUUUCCAGCAUUUGAUGUUAAAAUAGCGUUUUGUGCAAACUCGACCGCAUCAAAUCCACUUGUAAUUGAACCCGGUCCAGUCCACAUUAUUACAUUUGACAACAAGACGAUCCCUCUCAGCUUAGCAGGCUAUGACUUUUCUUCGGCACCUCCAUCACAAAAAAAUACAAUGGAAAGAUUGAUUAGACUCACAAGCAUAUCAGAUGCCUGGCAAACUGGCAAUCAAAUGUCUGAUUGUUACAAUAUCGGAUUUACAGGAAAAGACCUCAUUGAAUUUAUACAAACAGAGGCCUUUUCGAGGUCCUUUUUGAGAUACAUAACGGAUCAAUUGCCGUUGUGGUUAAGAUUGGGGGUUAGAGAGGAACAAAGUAACCUGUUCGACAUAGGGAACAUCCAGUCUAAUCUUUUUCUAACAACAGAUACCCACCUCUCCUACCCAAUCUGCAAAUUUCCCGCCCACAUACAAUCCACAUUGGUCCUGUAUCGUCCAACGUUGAAUUACAACAUCUCAGUUGAAAACAAUCAUCUUCUGUUGUCAAGCAAAGGGUCUUGUUUCGCUGCUGACAUUUCCGAACCUGGCGUUUUUCUAGCGUUCUCCCAGCGAGCGAGGAAACAAUUUACAACCAUGCAAUUUAUGCAAGACCUAACUUUAGGAGGGUGGAAACUUCUGGUGUCUUCCUUUGGUUUUACCACUCCACGAGGAAACAACACUUUUGCAAACAGUGUACCAAAUGGUCACUUGGUUGGAAAUUUCUCCGAUUUCUAUUAUAACUGGUGGUUGCAAGGAAGCGCAAACGUCGAUCUAAGCAACGAAGAUCAGGCUGUAAAUAUGAAAAUGAGUGGAGACGUCUUUGCUUUCACGGAGGACUUAGAUGCGGUAAGUACAUAGUUUUCUUAAGCUGUAAGUUUUCAGCAAAAAAUAACUUUCACAUUUCCUUUCAUAUUUUUCAAUAAGCUGCAGCAUUUUCCACAGGUUGUUAAAAUGCUCUAUGUACAAAGUAGCUGUACUAUUCCGGUUUAUUUUAACCCAAGAUCUGUAAACAAAACGUUUUUCUUGUAGGUAUUUACCAGUUAUUUCUCGAAGCCAACAAGAUUUGUCUUCCGUGGAUCAGUUGAGUUCAACAUUACCCUUCAUAGCCUUGGUAAAACAGUACCUUUAACCUUUUACUCAAGCGACGUUACUGGGAAAGCACAAUUUGGAGGUGAAAAAUGCUACUCUUAAUAAUUGAAAAUAAUAGCUAAUUAAUUUUAUUCUAUAUCUCUCAGACAAAACACUCCAUGAAUGACGUAGACCAGUUUCUGGUUUAUUAGAAGUAAUCUUCUUGUAUAGACUGCAAGCCCUUCCUUCCCUUCGCAUAACUUAAAGGCACUGUGUCACGAUGGUGCGCAUGUGUGAGCUGUGACAGUAGCUAAUUGUUUUUAAACCAAUCGGAAGCGAGUAAGAUGCACGCCAGGAAAUUUGUUUGUUCGAUUUUAUACAUCCCUAUAAUUCAUAUUCAUUCUCUGGUAUUCCUCAGAUAUAUGUUGCAGCCGAUAAGAAUAACAUUAACAACCCUGUCCUGCUUUGAAACAAACAUUUACCUACGUGUAUUUUCACAUACCCAAGAUAGCAAACCAGUCUCCGAUCCGCCAACAAAAAUAAUUUGUAAACAAAUCUUACUGGUCUCUCUGUUUGAGAGAACAACGCAAAGUUAAGCAUAAACAGGAGCCCAUCACUAUGGCAUAAAUUUCAAUUGCUUAUCAGCAAAUAAACAAAUUCCUUCCCAGUCGUUGCGCGGGUGUUUCGCAAAACAAACGUUAUCGAUUUCAACACAUAAAGAAACCAGAUAAUAAACGGAACACUCAGGUAACAAUUUAUCUUUUAAAACAUCAAUUCUAAAACAUUUCCUCUCAUACAGCAAAGAUACAAGGAACAUUCCGAGUGAACCACAUCGAUAGGUUAUAAAGAUCGCGCGGCCUGUUGUAAAAAAUAUAAGUAGUUUCUGGUAUGCAACUACAGAUCGGAGUCGUAAAUCGAACUCCCGUUAAAACGUUUCGUGUUCGAUGGAUUCUUUCCCCAAACCUUACAUGACUUCCUGUACAACAAAAGAUUGCUGGGCUUUCUCCUCUCUGAUUCCAAGCACACGAGAGGAUAAAUUGUUGCAGACAAUCGGAAGUCAUGUCCAAGGGGGGGGGCGCUCCCAUAUGAAAGGGCCGGAAAUGCUCGUCGGAAAUUUUGAAUUAAGCGCCUAAAGGAGACCAAUCUGGGCGUAGCUCAACCUUUUUUUGACCCCUAAAGGCGAUCAUUUUAAACUUUGAUUACAUGAAUCGGGUUAAUAAAAUGAAUUGAAAAUAUAUAAUUUUUUUAAUAUUUCUUCGCGUGCAACCCUAUCAGAGACCUAAAACACCCUAAAAGAGACCGAAAAGUGAAAUUUACACCCCUAAGCGAGACGACGAGCAUCUCUAUCCCUGUCAUAUGGGAUUCCCCCCUCCCCACCUCCCCCCAACUUUCUUUACAUAUUUAACGUUCAAAAACUAUCUGGAAAAGGUAGCAAUCGGGUCAGUAAAUUAACCGUUAACAAUAGAUGUUUUCUCUUUCAAUGUCAGGAGUCACGUUUUUGGCAUCAGGUUUCAGUGAUGACUGCCAAGUGCCACAGGGAUUCGUUUUCGCUCUUGAACGAUCCUCAAAAAUUUUCAGUGCAAGUCCCUUAGCUUAUAUCAUCAGGCCCGAUGGUGGCCUGAAAUAUCUGCAAAUCUACUAUUCAGUGACUGGUGGCCACGUAGUCUCAGCGCAGGACAAUAAAAACAACCUAAGGUUUGUGGAAUGGCAAGCGCAAGAAAUUAAACGUACUCUCCUUGCUGUUGGAAGAACUGUACCUCAACUGCAAUUCAUCACAAGGAGAUGGGAAGCAGUAGCAGACGAGAUGUUAGCUGAUGUGACCAAAGCUCGACACCUUCUCUCCUCAGCUUCCGAUUGGCUGGAGCUGAAAGUGCUUGUGAAGCAGCUGGAUGACGACCUUGAUGUCACAUCUCGCGCGUUUGACCUUCUUAUUGCUAAGCUGCAGCCCUACAGGAAUCAAACAAGAGUAAACAGUUUUAUCCAAAGUUUCAUUAAAUUAGGGGCAGACCUCCCCAAGGCUAUCUCUCUUUCUUUCUCCAAGUCUGUUAUUCAGCAGAACUUUAUAGGUUUGCGAUUUCUUUUGACUGCUCAAAUAUGCCACAAAGAGCUCUGCUUUGCAAACAUAGACUCAAGUAUCUGGUCCCUGAAUGGCAGCGAUUGUCACACCAACCCAUCAAGGCAAGAAACUGGUUUACUUGUUGAAGGAACUGCUCUGAAUACUAUCUCUCUCGGUAGUCUAAUAACACUUCCAGCCGGUGGAACGUUGGAAAUGUUCCUAUCGCGUGAUCAUGACCUUGUUUCCACAACCUUUAAGGCUGUUGUUCACCUACUCGGAAUAAAGAAACACGCAAUGGUAAAAAUUGCUGGAAGUGAGUUAUCCUUUGUCAUCUCAGGCAAUAUGUUUGGCGGGUUUGACGCUAUGUUAAAUGUCACAGCUCAAAUUGAUAACGUUAUUGACUGGGAUUCCAUUGUAUUUAGAGUGGAAGGUAAGAUGAAUAGGUCGUCACACCUCCAUUCCCUUCUCGAAAAGAUGAUAAGAAAUGAAACUACUAUGGCAGCGAGAGAUGCAACACAAAGAUUAGCGUACUCUCAUUCAGCAUACGUUGAUGCAAAAAGAAAAUCAGACUUCGUUAAAGACGUCCUAAGGUCAAAACAGUCAGUUGUGGACAAACUGAAGGUCUGGAAAGAAAAUGCUGCUGAGGAGCUCCGUCUUGCACGUCUAGAAUACCAUCUUGCUAAACUACAAUUUAAUAGAACCUUCUACUUUCUCGAGAACGUCCAAGGCUACAUUUGCGAGAUACAAGAGUGUAAUUACACUUGUUUAAAUGGCUGUGUCACUCCGGACCUUUGCCAGGAUCCAAUAAAUAUAACUUAUCUUCAACGGCAAUGCAACACAGUUGACAAACCAAUAACAAUUAACGUUAUACAGAGGGAGAUUGAAAAACGCAGUUUCACAGUUCCUACAUAUAAAACCGUCCACAAUAGUAACUGUAAGUGGAGCAAAUAUACAGGUAUAAAAGGCUUCUUUGUAGGUUUGAAGGAGUUAAUAUUUGGUUGCUCUGAUACUUCCAAAAAAGUGCCAGCUGAACCUCAAAUUGUAGAGUACGACCAAAAAAUAUAUAAAGUGAAGUCAGUGGAGCAGAUCAUUAAAGAAGUGAAAUGCAAUGGUCACACAAUGAGGACAAAGCCAGGUGGAUACGGACCGCCAUACCAAUGCUGCAAGCAGUAUGGGUGCAAAACUAAAGUAAUGGACCGACGGUGCAUCUUAGGCAAUGAGAAAUGUCUGCUAUCCAUGACAGAACUCAAGUUCACGCUGGAUGCCCUGAAUGAAACAUUGCAAUCAGAAUUCCUGUCUUUAAGAUCCUGUGUGAUGAAGGUCAAAGAAGCGACUUUUUCUUUCGAAAAAGUCAGAGUCCUUCAUAAGAAUGCUGUUUCUCAGCUGAAACAUAUAGAAGCACUUCUGAAACAAAAACUGUCAGUUGUGGAAAUCACAAAUGCUUCCAUGAUUCACACUCGAAAGAUUGUUGACUUUGGGUUGCAAAUAGCACAGGUCAUGAACUCUUCAGAUAAUGGAAGAGUUGUAGAAGUUGACGAACUGCACUUUUCUCUUCCCGUGGUAUCGGGGGAUGCCAAACAGAUUGUUUUCCAAACUAAUGCAAGCACACUUGGUGGAAAAAAAGUGCCUGUCCGCUUUCUUCUUGAUUUCGACCAAGUGAAACGUUCAAUUUCUUCAGCAUCCAAGGACAUUAUUGUCGACUUAUUUGGUGGAAAACGCGCAAGAAGAAAGCGAUCAGCAGCAGAAGAAGAGUCUACACAUUCUUUGCAUUCGGGCGGCUUUACAGAUUACCCAUACGUGUGCCUUUUUGUCAACAAUACACACUUAUACUUCAGCUACAUGUUCAAAUCUUUGCAUACCCUUAUUUCUUCCGUCAAAGUAUUAAACCAGCAGUUGACAUUUGGAAUUCAAGGCCUUGAGCAGCUAUCCCAGACAAUGAAUGCUACCGGUUCGUUGUUCAAUGCCUCAAAAAUAGCAAGUAACUUCAGUAAUGAAUAUCUAAACAGCUCUUUCAUAACAGGAUUCCUAGAAGUCAUACAGGUGUUAAAAGACGAGAAUAUCAAGAUGAUGAAUGAUUCUUCUCAAUCUUGGAACGACACCUUUGAGGCUUGGAGAGCUUUUCUGGAGGUUUACACCUUAGAAAAAGGUUUUGAAGAGUGCUCCGGCACACAAGACUGCAUUAUAUACUUUUUUGACGGAGCAAAGGAAUUUUAUGAGUUUGAAAACAGUCGGAGGGCACUUGAGAUAAAAGACGCCCUUCCUCGACUUCAAAACGUGAUUCAGUCAUUAACAACUAAAGCCUUGAGUAUGGAGGAAGCAGAGCAAAUUCUCGUUCACGCCGACCACUUAUUGAACAAAACGCUUGAUGACUCCGUUUUGUGUGGUGGAUCACCAAGCAUAACGUGGUCGUCUCAGGGAGAUGUUAUUAUUUUCCCUGGAGAGAGUCUUUCUCUAAACUGUAGUGCAAAGGCCGAAGAGAGCCUAACAUAUGCUUGGCGACGAAACGGUAAGAUCAUUAGCAAAUCAACAUAUGGAGGUUUCUCGCUAGACGCUGUCACCAAGGAUAAUGAGGGAGCUUAUGUCUGUGAGGUUUCCAACAAUAAAGGAAGCACUUUGUCCAAUGUCACAAUAGUCAAAAUUCAUAGCAAACCUGUAAUCACUGAACAUCCACAGCCACAAAGAGUAGUCUUUAGAAGCCAAAUACCAGUGACAUUUAAGUGCAAUGCAACUGCCGAGCCAUCGCCUACUUUCCAGUGGUUCUUUCAAACCACAACAUCAUCCGUUAUUAGAAUCAACGAAACCAGACUUGUGCUAUACAUCGCCGACCCUCGUCUUAACCAGGAGGGUUAUUACUUUUGUGAAGCAUCUAAUGAACACGGUAGAGCAGUCAGUCAAAGAACCCGACUAGAUGUGUUAAACUACACAGUUGGCCUUCCACGAUUACUGAUUACUUUUAACCUGACCAACCUCUGUUGGCUAACAUCUAAUUCUUCCAACAGUUCUACCUUAGAUUCUCAGUUAUGUGAUGGAUUACCUUCAUCACUGGACGAUAAUCUGACUGACAGCCUCCUAAAUUCUCUGGCAACAUCGCUGAAUUUGUCCACCUCGUCAAUCUCUGGACUGACGUACUAUUCCGAACAUACGUCAAAACUAUAUUUGUCAUUCGUUAUUGACUUUGAAAAAGAAUUGUCAAAAGACGAAAACUUUACAAUCUUUACAAAAGUAGCUGAAGCGAUUGCUAUUGCUGACGCAAGGAUGGUCGAGAAACUUCAAAAGUUCAACUCAGACGUGCUUAGCAGGACCUUUAAAGUUUCUUGGAACUCCGCAACUCUGAUUGGAGAGCCUGGAAGUAUAUUUGCUUACCCGUUAUCACCAGAAUGCCCUGAGACACAGUUCCUUAGUGAGCAAGGUUUCAUCUGUGGUGAGUUGCGUCUUCUUACAUUGGUCACUUUUCUAAUAUAUGUGUUAAAAAGAACAAUAUCGUAAAUAUCAUUUGUCUCAACAUUCAGCCACACACACUAAGGAUGCGUCAGGCGACAUAGGCACCUGUGCCUGUGUUUUGUAAGUGAUCUUUUUUUUUAUCAAGCGAGUAUAUAAGCCCUGUUCAAAUUUCGCUUGUUUUGCAAAGACAUUUGUCAACAGGAAGCCAUUCCUAGUGCGAACAUUUUUCACCUACCGAAAUUUUCUCAAGUGUCAUCAAACGUCAAAGAUGCCGUCGAGAAAGUUUGGAUGCCACAAUUUUUUGUCAGGCGACAAAAUCGUUUGUUCCUUGACAGCUAUCCUUCGUCGGGUCAUCUUAUUUCGCGAACGUGGCUAAUUCAGUUAUAGUUCCUUUCAUUGACGUUUUUGGUUUCAUGAAAACUUUUGGUGCCUCAGGUACGAUCAAGGUUAAUUGGUAACUACAAAAUUUUCAAGUUACUUGCAAACGGCAAACUCUUUUUUUGUUGUAGUGUAAAAGGACCUAAAGCGACUCAAAAGCUGACCUUUCGAGCGCUAGAUAGCCGCACGUCAGAAUGAACCGGUUAAAAUCUAUACAUGCAUGUGUACGACUCUGUUUUUCUUGGUAGACUUCGCUAAAAGAACUAAGUGAACUAAAAAUUGACCUCGAUUCAUCAAGUCAAUAUACAGCAGGACGCAGUUGGAGAAGUAUAGAGAAAUCAAUAACGCUACCUAGUAGAUAGAAAUUAAUCUGAUGUUUAAUGUUCGAUCUACCUUUGGAAAAACUGGGACAAGAAGAAUCGCGUCACCAUGUAGAUUUUCUGUCUCGCCCGUUAUCUCCGUUAAUUGUUUGGCCCCGACUUGAGAGAGAGCUUUCCAAGAAAAACGACAUUUUUUCUCAUGUUUAAAAAUCCUAAUACAUAUCACGUUAAGCUGGCUUAACUCGUUCGCAGUUUUGUUUUGUUUUGUUUUUUUUCAAUUACUCUCUAAAGAGAACUGUCUAAGUUAUCUAUUUAUUUUAAGCUUAGUUAGACAUGUUAUUUCUUUUAGCCAACUGCCCGGCUGGUUUAUACUACAGCCCUGAAAACGGCACCUGCGUUGAAUGUCCACAUGGUACAUACCAAACAAACCAAGGUCAAAAAGAGUGUAUACACUGUGGCCAAAACCUCACAACAGCUAUGAAAGGAACUGUAGAAGAGAAAGACUGCAUUGGUUAAGUGUCCGACUUUUAUUAUUUGCGCGCGUAGUGAUUGCUUUGCCAUAUGUUUACUGAAGGUUUCAUUUUAUCAAAGGUCGGCAAAUAUCUUCGCUCGUUCUUUCUUUUUUUUCCACAAAAUUCCAUGUGUAAUUACACGGCAUAUUAAAAUCAAGAGAGGAUCGCUGAAGUACAAAGUGAGACACAGCAAAAUGCUUCGGUGCAUUUAUACAUGUUUGUCAAAAAGACGUCAAAUUUUGUCAUUCUUUUGUGUGCAUGAUAUUAAGUGCCCGGUCCUCAGUACCUAGCUUCAAGGUAAAAUUUAUUUUGGAAUUCUGCAAGUGCAAUCGAGGCAAAGAGAGCUAAAUAAAUAUAAAAGAAAAUUAGCAUUGCUUUCAUUUUACAAUAAGAUGUAUAAAUUGAUAUUAAGUGUCCGGAUCAAAUGCCCCGCAAGUAAUUGUGUCGCACCAAAGCUGGAUAUGCCGAGAAAGAAAAGUAGCGUUAGUCUACUUUUGUUCGGCAGUUUCCGUUUGGUACAGCACGAAGUCGAAUUAUCAGUCUUUCCUCUCCAGCCUUAGAUAUGUUGCAGCCAGUGUUUGAACUGGGCCUCAACCUCUUUAAUGUAACUAUUAAACUGUUCUUCGUUUCUUAGCUGACUGUUCGAGUGGUUCAUUCGCAACACUGAACAGAAAGUGCGUUUUGUGUCCUCGCGGAACUUACCAACCCUCAAGAGCUCAGCUAUCUUGCAUACCGUGUGUUCAAAACUUGACUACCGCAACAACUGGAACGGCGAACAAUAAGCACUGCAUUGGUAAGAGUCAGGAGCCCAUCAAAUGGAGCCUCCAUCUCCAUUAAUUUCUUGAGUCAACCCUUUCCCGAGUAGAUUUAUAAAUAGAACGGCUAGUUUCCCGCGAAAAGUGUCAUAUUUCCGUGAGUCACUUAUGUCACCGUGAAAAAAUAAAAUUGGCUGAAGUCGAACUCAGAAGCCCGUCUUUCGACCGUUUUCCUUUAUUCCUUUACGUCCGUUUUUACAAUUUUACAGCCGCUGGGAUCUGGGUAUUAUGAAAUAAAAGUUAAUGAAUUACCCAACUGAGACUGAGCAUGAAGCGAUGGGACAAGGGCAGCGAACUGAGGAUCACGGAAAGGUUAUCUUUGCGAGUGUUUUUUUUUUGCCGUCAUACACCCCACAUUUAAGCAUGCACCUUGAAAAGAGUCGACGAUUAAACGUUCUGUGGACGAUUUGAAACUUUUCGAUGAUCAGCGACGAAAAAGUGCCAGGAUCAUAUGAUUUUUGUCAUCACCGAGGAGUGGAUUUCGCCAGUUAUGCACCGCGUGCAAAAGCGAUGACCUAAGUAGCAAGUAACGAGGAAUGCUUCAGUCACGAAAUUUGAGAAAUUGCAGUCUUCCUUUACAACUGGCUUGUAUCACCAUAAGAGUUGCCUGAUAAAACUAGCGCUUGAAAAUUUGAACAGAAGACAACAGUUGCUCGACCGUGAAGUUAACUCAACCGUAAUUUGCUAACAGAGGAAUUUGUGACCUCGCGCUCCAGUCGAAAGACCCACUUAUCUCAAGAAAAACAAAAUGGAUUGUAUCUGCACUAAAAGAAUUAUGACUGGCUAACAGGACAAUUUUUAGCAGUUAAUGUAGAAGUUUAGGCUCAAUUCCUUCCUUCGAAUUCGCAUCUGUAGAUCAUUUUUUUGCGAGCAAACAAUGGCUGGGCCCGGCGUUACAAAACAUAGCAGGGAAUCAUCACACUAGCUGACGGACAAAACAACCACAAGGACUACAAUUAUUUAUUCAGAUAAACGCAUUUCGGAAAAAAACCUUGAAAAACUAGAAAUUUGAUUAAGAUUGAGUCAUUUAGCCGAAAUAAGAACCUUGACGCCGAAUUUCCUGCUGUUUGAUUAAGUACAAUAGCAGUGUCAUUUCGUGGUUGUGAUUGGCUCUUGCCACCUUCGGCGCGCGAAGUCUCCCCUGGGAACCGUUCUAAUUAUAAAUCUACUCGGAAAAGGGUUGACUCCAAGGGCUUGUAUGGGAGAUGGAGGCUCCAUUUGAUGGGCUCCUGUAAGAGUUCGACGUGCUAAAAAUAUUGUGUAAGGCACCAUAACCGCCAAUCGACACCUUAGAGUCAAACUUCCCUACCUGACUAAAGAUCUUGUCUCAGUUAAGGUGAAAGCGUCAUUGGCCAGUUGGGCGGUGACGUUAAGCCGUUGGUCUUUUCAACUUCAUACGUCUUUGUAUAUGAAAAAGGGACGUAAAAGAGCCCACACUGCUGUUCAGCAGCAGGAGGGGAAGGGAACUAGACCCCAGAGGUGCGGUCCAUCUCUCAUGGGGGAGGGGACUGGAACGUACCAACAGUGGCGUCCCGGUAGAGGGUUGUCCAAUACUAACAAAUAGACUCCAUUGGUGUUAGUGGUGAUAAGAAGAGUCUCCAUUGGUACCAAUGGUAUGAUUGGUACCAAUAGAAAAUUAUGUCAUUCCAAUGGUUCUAUUGUUGAAUAUGCAUCUCAUUAAGGCGACUUGGAUUAUUUUCUCAUGUGGUCUGGCUGGGUUCAGGGCAUCCUCGGAGACCCAGGGGCGGUGAGUCGGCCGGGAAAAGGCGCAACAAAAGUUUUCAAGCACAGGCGGAAAAGCCCCUGGGUACCGACUCUCACCGGACCAUUUCCAAACGGUCAAGCGAAUGCUGGCUCCUGAUUGGGAACAAAAAAUGCCUUGUAUUAUUGUGCCCAAUCGGCGAAUAGCAUCUCCUGAGUUCUUUUUGUGAGUUCGUACACGACGGUUAUAGACUCGAUCACGGCUUGUCUGGUUCAUGCACCAAAGAAAUGCAUGCAGUCAGGAAUCUUUCGGUUUGAUAUAAAGGCUACAUUUCAAAAUACUGGUAGUCUUUACACCAGAGCCUAAAUAAGCUAAGAAAUAUUUCAAGACAAGUAAAUUUUAAAUUCUUCAAGCAAAAGAAAGCUUCACACGCAACCUAUCUUUUUUCUUCAGGUUUUCCCACGCAACAUAAUUAAGAUUGAUUGACAUGCUUCGCCUUUCUCAAAGCUUCGAAACCGCAAGUUCGCUAAGGGUGUGUUCCUUUCGGUGAAUCCAAAAACGGAUUUUAGAUCUAAGAACGGAUUUCGCGUUCCUUUCGGCAAAUCCAAAUCCGGAUUUUUGAUCUGGUGAAUCCUUUUUCAAAAAGGAUUCAUUGGACUUGAAAUCCGAAGAAUCCAAAUCCAGAUUAACGGAUUAGUGAUCUACGCUGUUCCAUUCACAGUGGAUCCGAAAUUAGUCAGAUGAUCCAGCGGUAUUUCCAGUUGAAGUAUUCCCAUAGAGGCCGUAGAGUUUCCUCGUUGUUGUCAUUUGCCGCAAAACAUCUAAUAACAUUAGAGGAUUGUUCCUGGUACAUUAAAAUAUCCAUAGACUAACCAUUUGUCUCUAAAGAUUGCUUGAAAUCAGAAAUAAGUAAAAAUAACAAAUGAAUUGCUAUCUAACUACAAACUCGCUUGUAGACGCGACAGGCACUCGAUCGUGUUACAUAAAAAAAUCCGAGCUAUGGAACUGGAUCAAACUGGCCCACAUUCUUUAGAUAAUUUUCAAUUUUAAUGCGCUUCUUUCUUUGUCUGUUUUGUAUGUUCCAUCGUCGCUAUUCGAACUUGCGACCACUAAAUUCUGCACGGUAUAAUUGCAUAAUUUGUCAAACAGUAGAAAACACGUCAUUUUUUGAGAGGUUGUCGUGCAUAUUGCACGCGUUGGCGAAAGGUUACCAAGGUUACAAAUCCAAUUUCGGAUUUCACGUUCCUUUCGACCGCGAAAUCUGGCAAAUCUAGGAUCAAAAAUCCGUUUUUGGAUUCGCCGAAAGGAACACACCCUUCGGUUUUAAUGAGAUGCAAAGUAAAGUUAAUUGAGAUUUUGCUUAGGCCUUAAUUCACACACGCAUUUUUGGUUAAGUAAAACUUAGCAGCUUUUAAGUCUUACUUAACAGCCUAAUGUAAAGACAACCACUGUCUACACGAAAACUAAAGGCGCUUUUCCAAAAAUACAAGCUUGAGCUUACAACAGGUAUUCAUGCUUGCAUCGAUCAGGCCUUCGUAAAUAUUAGGGAGUUUAAUAUGCCACGACAGCUGACAACCACGAAAACGUCGCAUGAAUAGUGAAGUCACAUUUUUUCAGUCUCUAUCGUUAUUGUUCCAACUCACUUACUUUGUCAAAUGCAAGUGAACUCUUCUGGAGCUGAAUUUCUAUCAACCAUAUCCAAGUUCAUAAAGGUAAAAAGCAUUUUGUCAUUGCUUGUUUACGUCCUUCACAAAACUUGAAAUCAGGCGUUUUCACGUGGUAGUCGUGCAGUGACGGCCAAGAAAUAUACAAAAAAGCGUGAUCCACGUGCAAAGUUGUUGUUUUGCCUUGUCAAGCUAUUGCUUUUUUUACUUUCUCGUCCCCGCUUCAUUUUAACUUCCUAUUAUUUACAAUACAUUGUGAUCCGUCAGAAACAGAAUUUUCUCAGUGCAAAUUAAAUUGCUCCUGCUGAUAGCAUCCGAAACGUUUUUCAACUCAUCGGUAGUUCCUUCGUUUCUGGUUAGGAGAGCUUCGUGAACGAACCGGGCAACUGUGGCGAGAUAAUAACCGUCGUGUACGAACUCACGAAAAGAACUCAGGAGAUGCUGUUCGCCGAUUGGGCACAAUAAUACAAAGCAUUUUUUGUGCAAAAUCAGGAGCCAGCAUUCGCUUGACCGUUUGAAAAUGGUCCGGUGAGUGUCGGUACCCAGGGGCUCUUCCGCCCCCGCUUGAAAACUUUCGUCGCGCCUUUUAACCCGGCCCGACUGACUGUCCCUGGGUCUCCGAGAAUGGGUUCAGGGCAAUUCCAAUGGUCCCUUGGUAACUAUUAGCGCGUUUCUACUUUGUGUGAGAGCGAAAAUGUUUUGUGUGGUUAGCUUAUAGAACGAGGAAUAUUCAUAAUAACUAUUACUGCGUUCUACUUUGUGUGAGAGCUAAAUUGUUUCGCCGGCAUAGAUGGCUUUUCUAGAACGAAGAAUAUUCAUAAUAACUAUUAGCGCGUUUCUACUUUGUGUGAGAGCUAAAUUGUUUUGCGUGGUUAGCUUAUAGAACGAAGAAUAUUCAUAAUAACUAUUAGCGCGUUUCUACUUUGUGUGAGAGCUAAAUUGUUUUGCGUGGUUAGCUUAUAGAACGAAGAAUAUGCAUAAUAACUAUUAGCGCGUUUCUACUUUGUGUGAGAGCGAAAUUGUUUUGCGUGGUUAGCUUAUAGAACGAAGAAUAUUCAUAAUAACUAUUAGCGCGUUUCUACUUUGUGUGAGAGCGAAAUUGUUCUGCGUGGUUAGCUUAUAGAACGAGGAAGAUUCAUAAUAACUAUUAGUGCGUUUCUACCUUGUGUGAGAGCGAAAUUGUUUUGCAUAGAUGGCUUAUAGAACGAAGAAUACACAUAGGACAAUAGAACCAUUGGAAUGACACAUUUUCUAUUGGUACUAAUCGAACCAUUGGAAUUGCCCUGUAUCCAGCCAGGUCACAAGGGAAAUAAUCUAAGUCCCCUUAAUGAGAUGCAUAUUCAACAAUAGAACCAUUGCAUUGACACCAGUUUCUAUUGGUACCAAUCGUACCAUUGGUACCAAUGGACCACCGGUUUGACGAAUCGUAUUCGUUUGUGUAUAUUGGACAUGCACGGCGAUGCCCUGCCAUAAAUAGGCGAAUCUUGAUAAAAUGAAUAAAUAAACUCGUGAUAAUUGCAAACAAGGGGAGUACGUUAGGCAGGGAGGGAUGAUGAGAGAAGGGGAGGGGGAGUGAUAGGUGGGAGUAAGGGGGUGCAAGGAGUGUUAAGUAUGAUAUUUAUAUGUUGUCAUAUUUUCUCGAUAUUCCAAGUCCCGUUUUGAUCCACAAACUACAAUCAAACCUCAAUGCAGAAAGCUGAUGAAACGUGUUCUACACAAAACAUUGAGAAAUGAAAAUAGAAAUAGAUUGUAGAGAUCAAUAAUAACCCUUUGUCAAAAAUUGGCCUUCUUCAGUAUGAUCUCCUGAGAUCAGUGUUAUUGUCCCGUAUUGUUUACUCUCCCACUUUGGAAUGCAUUGCUUUGUCAUUUUGCCGGCCUCAAAAAAUUCCAAAGCGUCACGUAGUCAUUCCCCAAUGAAUCCUGUCAUUCUCUCCUAGUUAGUUUUACUUGAGUCAAUUAUUCGCUUUUACGGUGCCGGUAACUAUUGACUUCGAUUCAGUGGCGUUUUUUCUGAGGUUAGUAAACCAGCUUUCGUAAGUGAGUCGUUGACAGUAAUCUGCAGAUUUCGCAAAAUCUCAGUCGAUUUAAUAAGAAUAAGUUAAGCCACAAUCUUUGCAUAUUUGAUUUAUUGAUAUUUUGUACCCUUCCCAAGACUCUGAAUGUUGAAGAUAGCUAUAGAAUAUUAGGCGAAUGAAAUUAUGACUAUAGGAAAUCAAAAAGGCGAUAUGUUGUCUAAUGUGUAUCCCCUCAUCUUGAGGUUGUUUUUCCCGGUAUUCACUUUCUAUUUUGUAUUUCAACCAAAAUUUGCAAAGAUUAUUGAUAUAAUCGGUGGGGAGGUAGAAAAUGCAAGAAACAGAUGUAAAUUGUUGUCAACGAGUUACGACCCGUGUUAAGGGACACAUAUGGCACUAAAGCGCGCAGGGCAGGGAUAUUUGUAUCCCUUUCGUUCGAGGUUUCUUUUUCCUUCUCUCUGAAUGUCUCUCAUGGAAUUUUUAGAAUCAUUUGACACAGUACCCAUUAUCAGUGAUUUCAAGAGAACAUAAAAGCCUCCUGGUGGUUAAUGAAAACUGCAUUACACCUUUUGCUGUUCAUUACGAGAAAAUACGCAGUCUUUUGCGUGAAACGGCAACCAAUAGAUACAUUCAUUGGCGCGAAAAUACGAACAUUUGCGCAUAAAUCAGAUUCAAUUACGAUUUUUGCGUUUUAAUCAACAUUCAAUAACACUUUUGGGCAUUCAUAUGCGUCAUUGGGCAUACAAAAAGGAGAAAUAUACUUUCAUUAAAGCCAAAAUCAAAGUCAUUAAUACCAUCUUGAAAGUCAAUAGGGACAACUGACAUACAUUAAAGUGCAGACACCAUUCAUUAACAUUUUUACGACACUGUUUGCAAUUCAAUAGCAUUCCUGGACAACCUUAGGAUGGAUAAGACAAACAUUAAUGCGCUUGUACAAUCAAUUGAGUGUUCUUUACAUUUAAUAUACAAAAAUCGAUUUUCAAUUAAACAAUAGAAAUUCAAACAAAUUUGGCCUGAAUUUCAGUCCGUUAAAUGUACAUCCCUUAAAAACCUCGCUAUUUAAACAUUUAGGGAGGUAGGUUUGAUGUCGAGAGGGGAAGCAUAAGCUGUGUAAGUAUGGAGCGGGAAUGGCCACAUCUAGGUGGCUGCCAGGCACCCCUUCAUGCGCAAAGACCGCCGACUUAUCGGGAUCCAUUUUUUCCUCGCCCGUGGUAGGAAGUCACCGAAAAACCGACACAGUAUUCAUUACUCCAGCAGCUCCCGAGAAAAACAUUUGAUAGGUACAUACUGUAAUAUGUAUUGCCAUGGUCAUAGUCAAGUUUCGUUGGCUGCACACUUGGCGGUACGCCCUCCACUCCCUGUCGCGCCCCACCUUGACUUCUGGCCGUCUAGGGUAAAUGUAUAGCCGCAGCCGUCGACGAACACACAGUGGCGAAGUACGGCGUGAUUCGUUAAACAAAUUCAGGCCAAUUUAGGGGGGGAAUUGGUUUUCUUUAAUUGAAAAUAUAUUUUUGUAUAUUAAAUGUAAAGAGCGCUCAAUUGAUUGUACAAGCGAAUUAAUGUUUUUCUCAUCCAUUCUAAAGCUGUCCAGGAAUGCUAUUGAAUUGCAAACGGUGUCAUAAAAAUGUUAAUGAAUAGCGUUUGCACUUAGAUGUUUGUCUAUUGUCCCUAAUGAUUUUCAAGAUAAUGUUAAUGACUCGAAUGUUGGCGUUAAUGAAAGUAUAUUUUUCUCUUUUGUAUGUCGAAUGACGCAAAUGAAUGCCCAAAAAUGAUAUUGAAUGUUGAUAAAAAUGCAAAAAUCGUUAUUGAAUCUGAUUUACGCGCAAAUGUUCGCUUUUUCGCGCUAAUGAAUGUAUCUUCGCGCUGUUGGUCGCCUUUUCACGCAAAUGAAUGUGUACUUUCUCGUAAUGAACAGCAAAAGGUGUACAGCACUUUUACAGACCGAAGCAGUUAACUUUGUUGGAAUGAACUGAUAAAAUCUAAACCAUGUAAACCUUAAAAUAUCAUGGAUCAUGGGUGGUUCACGGGCGGGCGCACUACUAAAAAACUAUGAUAUGACGGAGAUACACAUAACACUGUGAAAUCGGUAGCGGCGCUCUUUGUAUCUUUUAUAAAUUGACAGAAAUCAAACUCUGAGUGGUUUCAACUUGGGAGUUCGCGUAGCAGUGAAUCUCAUGGUAACAGAUGUUUGCUUUCUCUUCUCUUUCUUACACGAACCUUGCAGCUGACUGUCCUGCUGGUUCAUACAGUUCCCUGAACAGAACGUGCAUCUUAUGUCCUCGUGGCACGUAUCAACCUUCAAGGGGGCGGCCAUCUUGUAUUUCCUGCGGACUUAGCCUUACCACCCAUUCAAGUGGAACAGUAGACAAAAAGCACUGUAUAAGUAAGUUAAUAAAUUCCAACUGUAAUAUUUCCUGUGGCGUUCGCCAUAUACUUGUGAAUUGA